ACCUUGGCCAUAACCAACCACUCUGUCCGCCUGUGAAGACAUGUUUAGUUUGUGUUGUUUCACGUCAUUUUGCAGCAUAAAGAUAACAGACCUACCCUCAGAUGUCCUCCAAAAGCACUUCAAACACAACCAAUCAAAAGCURGUUGGUAAUAAAUCUUUCAUGAGUCCACAGUAUGCUGCCAGCGGAUACCCCCUCAUAGCGUAAAGUUCUCGAGUUUCUUCAUUAUUACGGUAUUGUAGUGGAAGUGUGUCGCUCUGUUGCUUUUCAUUUCUCGACUAUCGAUGACGGAAAAGUCCAGAACCGUCAAUCGGUGGUAUGCAGCAUACAGCAAAGGAACAGAUUUCGACUCGUGGGGUCAGCUGGUCGAGGCUGCAGACCAGUAUUCAAAGCUCUCUAAAGAACUCAAAAAAGCUACUGUGAUCGAGAAUCAGAUGUUUCAGCAUGACCAAAAGAAGCUCCUGCUGAAAAUUUCUGUCUGUCUUGAGCUGAGAGCUAACACUUUGCUAUCAACACAGGAGUUUGUAAAAGACCAAAUUUCAUAUGACGAUAUAAAAAAAGUUGGGGAAGUUCUUAAAAACCUUAUGGUGGGUUGGAAUGAGCCAUUUCCAGUAAGAGUUGAACUUCCUUCUAGAGUGGGAACUACAGAAAAUGAACCAAAAUCAAUCAAUAAUGAAGAAUUUGUCUUAGCUGGAGAGGGAGGUACUCUGUUACCAAGGAUACCAUAUGAACAGGGAUUUCACCGGCUGACUAUUAGAAUAGAUAAAAUAGGCCUCAAAGAUGCAGCAUCGCAUAUCAAUAGUUUUUUUAGUGUGCAUGUAAAAGAUAAUGAUUGUGUAAGUGUAGCCAUGUCACAAGAUACACCUGUGUCAAACACUAAAGAUGGUAACUACAUCAUCUUUGGCAUUGAAGURGAAAUACAGAAACAUAUAGAAAAGCUUCCAAAAGGAACAGCAAUAUUUUUCGAAUUGAAGCAUUAUAAGCCAAAGAAAAACAUGGUGAGCACGAAAUGCUUUGGUUUCAUGGARCAAGACGAGCUACGGAGCGGAGAGGCAUGUAUAGAACUAUAUCGGAAACCAACUGAUUAUCGUCGUAAGAAGCUCAACCUUUUAACAUCAAAGCCUCUUUAUCUCUACCUUACGCUUACAGUGCAUGACGAUUGAAUUUUCACAUAUUAUCGCGAGAAGGAACUAUCUAUUGGAAUUGGACUUCAACACUGAGGAACUCUGKGAGAAAUGCCAUAUAAUUAUAUAAAUUGGCAGAUGUUUGUUCAUCUCAUGGAAUCCCGUUGAAAUAAAUGGGAAAACUAUAUAGGAUGUUACCCUAAUGACCUCGAUUCGAAAGUGGCUCCAGUUUGUACCGUUAGAACACAAAACACGCCUUUCCAUACGGUCACAGUCUAAUAUGGACUUGAAAGCAUGUCAUGAAUAUCAUGGAUUAGUCCGAGCUAUUUUAAUUUGAAAGGAACUAAAAAGUUCUAAACGUUCUGUGAAUUUUUUAAAAUGUUUAUUACAUAAAUGUAUUAAAAAAAAACAAUUGAUAUAGUAAUCGA